AUGUCCAAGUCAGGAUCCCCCUUGCGUCAGAGGGUGGUCGUGCCCCCAAGCUCAUCCAAGAGGGUGCCCUACAUGUUCAUUCCUCUGGAGCCCGGUCAGGUGGACUUGGAGGUGAAGGUCGUGAGCAUCGAAACCUGGGACCACGUGAGGAAGACCAACCUGGUCCAGCUUUUUCAUUGGCUGCCCUCACACAGGAAAGUUCAUCCUGGAGAGAAACCUCAUAAAUAUAAGGCACGUGCAAAGGCGUUCACUCAAUCAUCAACCCUUACUGGGCAUAUGAAAACUCAUACUGAAGAGAGGCCUUAUGUAUGUAAGGAAUGUGGGAAGGCGUUUAAUUAUUCCUCAGGCCUUACACGGCAUAUGAGAAUUCACAGUGGAGAGAAGCCUUAUGGAUGUAAGCUAUGUGGAAAGGCCUUCUCUGUGUCCUCAAGCCUUGAUGUGCAUAUGAGGAUUCACAAUGGAGAGAAGCCUUAUGGAUGUAAGGUAUGUGGAAAGGCCUUUGUUGCAUCCUCAAACCUAAUUAGCCAUAUGAGAAUCCACACUGGAGAGAGACCUUAUGUUUGUAAGGAAUGUGGGAAGGCCUUUGUUGAAUCCUCAGGCCUUACUCGGCAUACGAGAAUUCACAAUGGAGAGAAGCCUUAUGUAUGUAAGGUUUGUGGAAAGGCCUUUGUUAGUUCCUCAAGCCUUAAUUUGCAUAUGAGUAUUCACAAUGGAGAGAAGCCUUAUGGAUGUAAGGUAUGUGGAAAGGCCUUUGUUGUAUCCUCAAGACUGAUCACCCAUAUGCGAAUUCACACUGGAGAGAGACCUCAUGUCUGUAAGGAGUGUGGGAAGGCCUUUGUUUCUUCCUCACACCUUAAUGAUCAUGUGAGAAUUCACACUGGAGAGAAACCUUUUGUUUGUAAAGAAUGUGGGAAGCCUUUCGGGAUCCUGCCGCCUGUCCUAUCUUAG